AUGGCGGCCGUGACGGAGGACCUCCGCUGCAAGCGCUCCGACGGCAAGCAGUGGCGAUGCAGCGCGCCCUCCAUGCCCGACAAGACCGUCUGCGAGAAGCACUACGUCCAGGCCAAGAAGCGCUCCGCCUCCUCCGCGCUCCGCGCCUCACUCCGCCGCUCCUCAGCCUCCUCCCCCGCGCCCGCCUUCCCGUUCUCCUCCUCCUCCUCCUCCGCUCGCCUCCGCGCCGCCGGCGAGGACCCGCCCAUGGCGGUCGCGAGGCCCCUCUACGGCAGGGUCGCCGGGGAGGCGGUGUACGUGGCUGAACCGGUGCCGGCGCCCGCGCGGAGGGGGACCGCCUACGAAGGGCUGCCCCGGGGCAAUGCGGCUGGUGCGAGCACCGCGGCGGGGCUGGUCGGCAGAGGCCCAGUAUGGUUGCCUGGCGGCGGCGCUGCAGGGAUAAGGAGUUGCCACCAGUGCCGGAAGGCUGGGGGUGUCAUUUGGUGUACCAGCUGUGACAGGAGAGGGUACUGUGCCGGCUGCAUCUCCAGAUGGUACUCUGACAUUCCGAUUGAUGAUGUUCGAAAUGUUUGUCCAGCAUGCCGUGGCAUUUGUAAUUGCAAAGUUUGCUCACAAGGAGACAACUUAAUAAAGGCUAGGGUGCAAGAAAUAUCGGUUGUUGAUAAGUUGAGAUAUCUUCAUUGCCUCUUGGUUUAUGUUCUUCCAGUACUGAAGGGGAUUUAUUCUGACCAAUGCUUUGAAAUAGGUGUUGAAACAAGAUCUUCUGGACCAAAGACAGAUAUCCUCAGAGCAAAGAUAACUUCUGAUGAGCAGAUGUGCUGUGACUUUUGCAAAGUGCCAGUGUUUGAUUAUCACCGAUACUGCCCAAGAUGCUUGUAUGACUUAUGCCUUGAUUGCUGUCGUGAUAUACGUCAUUCUCGGGCCAAUGUUGCACGAGGAGAAUAUACUGAAGGCCAUGUUGAAGAUAAAGGUAGAGAUUCUUUUAAUAAAAGAGCAAGAUUGGAACCCUCUGCAGAGAGUGUAAAUGACAAGUCAUUAUCUUGGCCAAUAGAUAUAAAUAAUAUUGACAUUAGAUCUUUAUUCCCUACAUGGAGAGUCAACAAUGAUGGCAGCAUCACUUGUGGACCUCACGAGGCUGGUGGUUGUGGCUCCUCAAAGUUGGUAUUAAGGCGGAUAUUCAAAAUAAAUUGGAUUGCUAAACUUGUAAAAAGUUCUGAAGAAAUGGUCAAUGGUUGCAAAGUACAUGAUUUGGAGGAUGGAUGUUUGUCUUGCAGUGAUGGCAAAAGAUUGGAGUUUACUGGUCAGCGAAACCUCGGUCUCUCAAAAUGCUCAAACAGUGAUGGGAUUGGUAGGAAUUGUGUGUACUCUCCUGUAUUGGAGGACCUAAAAUACGAAGGCAUCAUUCACUUUCGUAAGCAUUGGAUAAAUGCGGAGCCUAUUAUUAUCAGGAAAGCAUUUGAGCCUUCUCUAUCAUCAAGCUGGGAUCCCUUGAGUAUUUGGAGAGGUAUCCAGGAGAUCAUGGAUGAAGAAAUGGAUGAAGAUGUCAUAGUCAAGGCUGUGGACUGCUCGAACCAAUCAGAGGUAGAUAUCAAGCUCAAACAGUUUAUCAAAGGCUACUCAGAUGGCAGCAAAGGAGGAGAUGGCCACAUGUUGAUGCUGAAAUUGAAAGAGUGGCCCCGACCCAGUGUCUUGGAGGCGUUUCUGUUGUGCCAAAGGCCAGAAUUUAUUGUGAACUUUCCUCUUGUUGAUUUUAUUCAUCCUAGAUGGGGUCUCCUAAACCUUGCUGCCAAGUUACCCCCAGAUGCCUUACAGCCUGAAGUAGGGAUGAAGCUGCUAAUUGCAUAUGGAAGUCACCAAGAACUUGGUAAAGGUGAUUCAGUGACAAAUCUAAUGAUUAACAUGAGCGAUGUGGUUCACAUGUUAAUGCAUGCAACUGAAGUGCAUUACCAAUGUCCCAAGAGGGUACAGUCUGAUGUAUCUGAAAGGAUUGCUAAUGGAACUAGUGUGCAUGCAAAUGCUCACACUCCUGUUCAAAAUUUGAAUCUGGAUAUGGGGGAGCAAGCGCACAAACAUUCAAUUUCACACGUUGAGGAGCCAAAAACUAAUAGUUCAGAAGGAUCCCAGGCUGGUGCUGUCUGGGAUGUAUUCCGCAGGCAGGAUUUUCCAAAGCUUAAUGAAUAUCUAGCUGUUCAUCGGGAAGAAUUUGCAGCUAGAUGUCAAGCAGUAUCUUCUGCUAAGUAUCCGAUUUAUGAUCAAACCAUGCACCUUAACGAUUAUCAUAAGAAGAUGUUGAAGGAUCAAUAUGGAAUUGAACCCUACACAUUCCACCAACAUAUUGGUGAGGCUGUUUUCAUUCCAGCUGGCUGUCCUUUCCAAUUGAAAAACCUCCAGUCCACGGUUCAAUUGGCUCUCAAUUUUUUGUCACCGGAGAGUUUGCCAGAGUCAGUCCGGCUGGCCCAAGAGAUCCGUAGCUUGCCAAAUGGUCAUCUUGCAAAAUUGAAGAUGCUUGAGGUAAAAAAGAUCUCCUUAUAUGCAGCAAGUUCUGCUGUUAGAGAAAUUCAGAGAAUAACCCUUGAUCCCAAGUUCAAUCUUGAUGCAAGUUUUGAGGAUCAAAAUUUGACUAGGGCGGUUUCAGAGAACUUGGCAAGAGUAAACAAACGGAAGGUAUCUUGCAGUCGAGAUUCUGGGGGCCUCGUGAAAUUGUAA